CCAUAUCAACGCAGUUGUUUUGGAUUACGCCAUUCCACAUCAUCUAUUAAAACCAUAUUAAAUCAUUGAACGCCCAUCAAAAAAUAUUAGUUAGUGAGGUUAUGUUAAACGUCAUCUACAAAUCUGUGUGUUAAAUUUUGAUCGAAAGAUAUUUUACAUUUUCCUAAUGGCAACGGUUGGAAAAGAAGAACCGAUUUCCAUAGUUAAAUUGGUCGAUUAUACGAUUUCGAUUUGUCGAGUAUGUUCAUUAAGUACUGAGUGUCAAAAUAUAUUUUCCAUGAAAUAUUGCGAUCUUACAUUCGCCGAUUUAUUUUAUUAUUCUACUAGAAUUGAGCUUGCUCCUGAGGAUAAUCCAUAUCAUGUAUGUUUAAUGUGUGUUGGGAAACUAUUAAAUGCUUAUGAAUUUAUUAUUCAAUGCGAAAAAGCUUGGUAUGCUCAAAAACUAACCAGAUUGAGCGCGCAAUUAGCCACAAACAACAAACAAUUUAAAGCAAUAGCACCUAAACCCUUAACAGAUGUAACAGUUUAUGUUGAUGUCCCCAAAGAAUUUGUUGAAAAUGCAGGAAACCAACAAGAAGUUAUUGUAUUUACUGAUGAUGAUGGAGUGAUUAAAGGCAAUCAAAUUUUUAGUGUUAUUGAAGAUGAAUCUGGAAAUAUGAGUACAAAAGGUUUAAAUUCUAAAAUUAAAAGUUUACCAAUUAAAAAACAAACAUUGAUCAAAAUCCUUGCAAAAGAAGGUGAAGAUGUAGAACAAGAAAAUAACGAUAAAGAUGAUAUUUUUGAAGAUAUUUUACAGGAAUUAACUGAAGCUGAAGCGAAUUCAAAUUUAAAUGAUAACGAAAAAGAUGAUGAAACUGAAAUUGAAAGUACCACGGAAAUCGGAGAGGAAUUAGAUAUCAAACCUCCUUAUAAAUGUGUGAAAUGCAAUAAAGUUUUUAGGCAAAUUCAUUAUUUAAAUAAACAUAUAUUAGAUCAUCUUAAUUUUAAAAAGUGUUGCAAUAUUUGUAACAAAGAAUUUUCUAAUCAAAAAGCACUUUCUCUACAUUUACACACCCACAGAUCAAAUCGUCAAAUGGUGUGUGAACAUUGUGGAAAAACCAUUUCAAGACACUCAUUUAAAAGCCAUUUUGAAAGAUAUCAUUCUGAAGAAGCAAAGGAAUUUUCUGAAAAAAAGUCUUGUAGGAUUUGUUCAAUCCCAGUAACAACUCAUCAAGAACUAACAGCUCAUAUGCAAGCUUUUCAUUCACAAAAUGAUCAUUUAUGUAACAUUUGUGGAAAAACAUUUUUAGGUCUAGCUCGCUUAAAAAAGCACAUGUUAAUUCACGACGAACGACGUCGAGUUUCUUGUACGAUUUGUAAUAAAGUAUUUAGCUCGCGUGAAAGUUUAAAACAACACGUUUAUACUCACACGGGAGUUAAACCGUAUCAAUGUCAUAUAUGUGGGAAGCGUUGCACUCAAAGUCAACAAUUAAAAGCUCACAUUCGAAUACACACUGGCGAUAAACCGUAUACAUGUAAAUUUUGUGGAAAUUCAUUCACAACAUCGGCCGCUUUAAAAAUACACGUACGUGGUCGUCAUUUUAAUGAUAAACCGCAUGUUUGUGACGUAUGUGGAAAAUGUUUUAUUCAAAGAGGUCCGCUAGAGAGGCAUUUAAGAUUACAUGCAAUGGGAAGAAAAAACAGUUAUCAUAACCGAAAUUCUUGGCCAUGUAGUUUAUGUAAUACCGUUUUUGAAACGCGAAGAGAACAUUUGGCACAUCAAUGUCCUAAUAUUCAUUUAGCACCUUAUGAAUGUGGCGAAUGUGGUAAAAAAUUCCGUAUGAAACCACUUUUAACAGUUCACAUGAGAAUACAUACGGGUGAAACCCCGUUUAAGUGUCAAUAUUGUCCAAAAGCUUUUCGAUCCAAACCGGGAUUAAAGGAACACACUUAUAUGCACACAGGUGAAAAAAGAUAUAUUUGCGAUAUUUGUGGAAAGGGUUGUGUACAAAGACAACAACUCAUUUCGCAUAUGAGAAUUCAUACGGGGGUUAGACCAUAUAAAUGUUAUGAUUGUGGCAGUACUUUCACUCUUAAAGGAAAUUUAACGGUACAUAUGAGAAUGCAUACUGGGGAAACUCCAUAUAAAUGCGAAUGUGGGGCUAGUUAUUACGCUUCAAAUGCAUUGAAGAGACAUCAAGUGAGAUGUAACCUGUUUAUUUAUGAGGAAACCGUUAACGAAUGCGAAGUCUACACUGAAAAUAUUGAUUUUGAUAAUGAAAGUGUGUCAAAUUAGAAUGAUUUUUUAAUAUUGAGAAGCUAUUUUAUGUUUGUAAAUAAGAUAUGUGAUGUUUUUCUUUACUAAAAUGACUUUUGUUUAAAUAUUUGUAAUAUAUAUGUAAAUAUUUGUUAUUUUUUUUUGUAUUUAAAGCAGA